CCACCCGACAACUGCAGCAACGGUAGCAUAAAACAGAUUGGUCGGCAUGGAGAUCAGUGCAGUGUGACCGUGUCCAAGUUACUAAUUAGAAAAAAAAAAUGUUUCGACUGUCCUUCCUCUACUGCUGGACACUGAUGACGAUAGCUGGCUGGAUGCUACCAACAUUGGUCGGUGCCGCCCCACAAAAACCUGAAGAAUUUUCCCGUUCUAUGGGUAUCGAAAUGACGGCCAGUCAGCACAGAGAAUGUGUCGCCGAAACCGGUGUCACUGAAGAGUCCAUAGCUCGGUUCAACGGGCCGGAAGUUUUCGAGGACGACGAAAAACUGAAAUGCUACAUGGAAUGCAUGUUCCGCAAGUUUGGUGCCACCAAACCGGACGGCGAAGUUGACAUGAUUGAGGUGUAUCACAAAAUACCGAAGGAGCUAAACUCGGUUGCGUUGAUAGUCAACAAUAAAUGUCGCGAUGCUAUCCAAGGUGCUAAUCUAUGUGAGCGAGCAUUCUCGCACCACAAAUGCUGGAAGCAGUUUGCCCCAGAGGCUAUCAUUUUUUAUUUACAGCAUUACUACCUUUUUUGAGGCAGCUGAAUUGGAAUCAAUUCAUUGGAACGGGGUUUAAAUUGUUUACCCAACACUUUAAGCAUAUUUAAACUCACCAUUCGGCCCAAACGACUACUUCAUUGUUAAAUAAACUUACCUCCUCGGACCUCGCAGGUUAGUAUGAGAUUAUCAUCCUCCUGUAGAGGCCCUAUCGCGCCGGCAACAUCCCGACCGGAAGCAUCGUAAACCAGUAUUUGGUGAGG